AUGAUUACGUGCGCUUUACUCAUUCGACGUAAUCUUGCCACAAAACGAGACCUAUUCGAACUACAAAAUAAUUCCAGUUUUCAUUCUACUCAACAGAAUACACAUACAAAUGCACAUACACAUAUUCUACGUACACGUGAUCAACAUGUAUUAGCUAUGUUAUUCAUACAAAUCAUCAUGUAUUGUAUUGUUCAUGCACCUCAAUUUAUUUAUACUCUUUAUGCUGCUAUAGCCAGUAAUAUUCCAAAUUAG